CAAUGAAAAAUUUAAUUCGUUAUUUGCACACUUCAUCAUCUUUUUGUUCAACAAAUUUCAAACAAUUUCAACUUAAUCCUCAGAGAUGGCGAAUUGAAGUUUCACUCGUUAUUUACCGGUUACCUUUAAUUGCUCCUCCAAUGACUGAAGCUGAGAGGAAUUUUGCUCAAUUAUCUGAAGUCAGGGAAAACCAAACGUCUUAUAAAUGUGAUUUUGAAUUGGAACUGGAAAAGGAUGCGAUUCUCUUGGAAAAGCGCAAAAAGAUGGAAGCUGAAGGAAAAGAUCUCAGUCAUCUAGACCAACAAUUGGGCGUUUCAAGUGUUCAAAAGCGCAAUGAAUGGAGUGAAAAGGCGCAGAAACUUAUUGAGAAGUACAACCUUGAUAAUCCUUCCACCAAUGCUUCUAUGGAUUUUAAAUGUUUAAAACGUAAUUUGGACAGGAAAUUGGUGCUAGCUGUCAGACAAAAAUUUGAAGAUGCCCAUACUGAUGAUUACGUCUCCCCUUGGAUUUUACCUCAGUUGAUGAACAAAAAAGGAGAGACUUUAAAAGAGACUGCCCUCAGAUUGCUUUCUUUAUCAUUACCUUCGGAGGAUUCAAAAAAUCCUUUUCCGUUUGAAUUUCAAAUGUAUGGAAAUGCACCAAUAGCGCAUUAUUUAUACAAAUAUACAGAAACGAUGCAGGAUAGGCUUGGAUUUGAUGGGUCUAUUAUUUUCUUUUACCCUGCCCAAAUUCUUUAUUCAAACAAAGCAAUUAAUUCUUGGACAGAAGUUGGAUUUAACCCAAGUAAAAUUGCUGAUUACAAAUGGUGUACUGGAGAAGAAUUUGACAAACUUGUUGGUGAUAAAAAUUAUAGAAAUGCUUUCAAAUCUGUUUUUGUUGAAUAAUAAUAAAAUGUUUUUUUUAAUUUACUUUAUUUUUAUUUAACUCGUUUACUUUCGAGAAUUUCUAUCUUUUUUUCAAUUUUUUUUAUGAUUUUUUGGACUUUUAUAGUUUUAACUACUUGAGUUUUAAUACUUUGUAAAGGUGUUUGAUCCUGGAUUCCUUAUACAAUUGGACCUCCCUAUAAGAUAACAUCUCAAUAUAGUAGCCGUUUGUAAAAUUUAGUUGGUCACUGGGUGAGAAGAAGGGAUGUUAUGGGGUUGGAAUGUUGGUAGGGUUUUCAAAAUUUUUUUCAAAAUUUUCUUCGGGGCCUGGGCUGGGUCGAAAAAAUUCGGGUAUCGGGUUUCGAAUAACCCGUGACCUCCUCGGUCGAGAGCUUUCUAAACUGACCUUCUAUUUAAGACACACCUCGCUAUAUGAUGCGAUUUUCUCAUCCCAACGAGCAUAUUUUAUAAGGGGUUUUAACUGUGUUUUGAUAACUACU